UACAACAAGAGGGAAAAGUAAUCCAUGACAUAUCGACAUGGUAUUGUAGAUGGCGUAUUGUUCUAUACUUACUGGCUGCUAAUCCACGAAGGAAACAUGGCAGAUGUCCCAGAAGACGCUCCCCAUGAUUGCCCAGGCACAGAGAGUGAGGAUGCUGGCAAGUCAACAGCGUGUGCAGGCUGCCCGAAUCAGGAAAUUUGUGCAUCGUCCAAGCCCAAAGGCCCUGAUCCAGAUAUUCACUUGGUGAAGGCGAAAUUAGACGGUAUUCGUCACAAGGUGCUGGUGCUAUCGGGCAAGGGUGGUGUAGGCAAGAGUACGUUCACUGCUCACCUGGCGCAUGCUUUUGCUGCUGACGAAAACACAGAGGUGGGCAUUAUGGAUAUAGAUAUCUGUGGCCCCAGUAUACCGCGUGUGAUGGGUGUCGAGGGCGAGCAAAUACACCACAGUAACUCCGGAUGGUCGCCUGUUUUCGUCCAGGACAAUUUGUGUGUCAUGUCAGUCGGCUUCUUAUUGUCCAGUGUGGAUGAUGCUGUUAUUUGGAGAGGGCCUAAGAAGAAUGGUCUAAUCAAGCAGUUCUUGCGCGACGUUGACUGGGGCACACUGGACUACUUGUUCAUCGACACACCACCAGGCACCAGUGAUGAGCACAUCUCCGUAGCACAGUAUCUCAAGUGUACUGACGUCGACGGUGCUGUAGUCGUCACAACCCCACAGGAAGUAGCGUUGCUGGACGUGCGCAAGGAGAUCACGUUCUGCAAGAAAGUCGGCAUGCCAGUGUUGGGUGUAGUGGAGAACAUGAGCGGGUUUGUGUGCCCCAAGUGCACGACCGAGACUCAGAUCUUUCCACCCACGACCGGUGGCGGUGAACAGCUAGCCAAGGAUAUGGACGUGCCGUUCCUUGGCAAGUUGCCGUUGGAUCCGAGAAUAGGGAAGUGUUGCGACGACGGCACGUCUUUCCUCAGCGAGUUCCCAGACUCGCCAGCGACCAAGGCAUUUGUGGACAUUGUCUCGAAAGUCAAAGAUCGCUGUGCAUCCCAAUCAUCGUCUCAACCAUCGUGACGCGACGAAUGUACGUGAUUUUGCACAUCUCCAAUGUCUUAUACCAAUGUCCUAUACAUGGGCUCACCAAUCACCUUGCUCUGUACAUACUAGUAGCCUGUUUUGGGCUUUUCUCCUUUUCUCGAGCUACUCCCAUGUUCUGUACAUAGCUGUUUUGCUUUAUAUAGCUUUUGCUGGUGCCUGUGCUGUAUUUGUCAUCCUGCGGGUCGGGAUUCAGGCGAAAAAUUGCGUUUGAAGUUUCGAUUUCUUUGUACAUACCACAUACCUGUUGUCAGUCAUUUUCAAGGCUUACACUGAAAAGUAGUUACUUGGACUCUGUA